CAAAUGACGAGAUCCAUGCCGUCAGUCGUGUCGACGCUAUGGUAACAGCUGAUAUAUAACAGAUGACAUUGUUGUUGAGUUCGUAUAGCUGCGCGUUGAUUUCAGAACGGUAGAAAUCAACAUGUCUCGUUUUCAUCCAAUGCUCGCUGGUACAGGUAUUGUGUUGUGCAUAGUCUUAUCCCAUGGUGCGUUAAAUGUCUGUGUCAACGACAAUAGCUGUAACGGACACGGCACGUGCCCCACCCCUUGUUCAGCUGAGUGUUCGUGCACGGAUGGCUACGAUGGUUAUGACUGUACUAUCCCCCCAAUCUGCACUGCUACCGGAAACCAGUGUGGAACCAAUGGCGACUGCACAACAACAGGCAGCCCAUAUCUCUGUAACUGCAAGAACGGAUAUUCAGGACCAAAAUGUACCACAGCCCCAAUCUGCAUUGCUACCGGAAACCAGUGUGGAGCUAAUGGCGACUGCACAACGGGGUUCUGUACCUGCAAGAACGGAUAUUCAGGACCAACAUGUACCACAGCCCCAAUGUGCACUGCUGCCGGAAACCAGUGUGGAACUAACGGCGACUGCACAACAACAGGCAGCCCAUACUACUGUACCUGCAAGAACGGAUAUUCAGGACCAAAAUGUACCACAGCCCCAAUCUGCACUGCUACUGGAAAGCAGUGUGGAACUAAUGGCGACUGCACAACAACAGGCAGCGAAUACCUCUGUACCUGCAAGAACGGAUAUUCAGGACCAAAAUGUACCACAGCCCCAAUGUGCACUGCUGCCGGAAACCAGUGUGGAACUAACGGCGACUGCACAACAACAGGCAGCCCAUACUACUGUACCUGCAAGAACGGAUAUUCAGGACCAAAAUGUACCACAGCCCCAAUCUGCACUGCUACUGGAAAGCAGUGUGGAACUAAUGGCGACUGCACAACAACAGGCAGCGAAUACCUCUGUACCUGCAAGAACGGAUAUUCAGGACCAAAAUGUACCACAGCCCCGAUGUGCACUGCUGCCGGAAACCAGUGUGGAACUAACGGCGACUGCACAACAACAGGCAGCCCAUACUACUGUACCUGCAAGAACGGAUAUUCAGGACCAAAAUGUACCACAGCCCCAAUCUGCACUGCUACUGGAAAGCAGUGUGGAACUAAUGGCGACUGCACAACAACAGGCAGCGAAUACCUCUGUACCUGCAAGAACGGAUAUUCAGGACCAAAAUGUACCACAGCCCCAAUGUGCACUGCUGCCGGAAACCAGUGUGGAACUAACGGCGACUGCACAACAACAGGCAGCCCAUACUACUGUACCUGCAAGAACGGAUAUUCAGGACCAAAAUGUACCACAGCCCCAAUCUGCACUGCUACUGGAAAGCAGUGUGGAACUAAUGGCGACUGCACAACAACAGGCAGCGAAUACCUCUGUAUCUGCAAGAACGGAUAUUCAGGACCAAAAUGUACCACAGCACCAGUCUGCACAGCUACAGGAAACCAGUGCGGGGCCAAGGGAGGCUGUAACACUUGCAUGAGCCCCUAUCUCUGUCAGUGUUAUUCCGGCUAUGGCGGAAAUACAUGUACUACGGCUCCCCCGUGCACCCCCAACGGAAGUGAGUGUAAGAACGGAGGAUCGUGCGACACAUCCACACUCCCCUACCAGUGUACCUGUCCCAUAGGCCUCACUGGAGCCACUUGUCAGGGAGCUGGCAGUCAGUUGACCUUCUUCGUGGCCACGCUCAUCGUCUCUGCAUUGUCGAGUCUAUUCUUGAUGCAGUUCUAAUCGUCGCUUGGUAUAAAUACUGUAAUGGCAACUAUCUAAAUUGACAAGCUAUUUUGGAAAAUAUUCAUUGAAUGUUUUUCGUUUGUCUACUUCAAAGAUCGUGCUAAUGAUCACCAGACUAGAUCCAAAUAAAGCUGACGGAUUCAUAAUAUGAGUGAAACAUUUACCUGUGUCACUGGCUUGCUUCAUGAAACCAUAGAAACCUUUGUAAUUGGUGAUGUUUCUGUCCUGAUUAAUAUGAAAAAAACGUCUGUCUUACUUGAUCUCCUCCCUUGUGCAAUACCUUGAUGACGUGUAGAGUUACUGAUGUAAGUCGGUUGUUCCACUGAAAUAAAAGGUACGGUUCAAGACCAAAUGCAUAUGUGUGGUGUGUUUUGAUCAUAUAACACCCAAUGCCGCUUUCAGCAGUAUAUCAGUUAUAUAAAGAACUAUAUCUCUCAA